AUUUGGUAUAAUGCAUUUGAGGCAGUGGACCGAAAUUUUUUGGCGAGUUAGAGAGCCAAUUUGCAGAAGGGUGGCCUAAGCAGAUGCUUGCGGAGUGAGACAAAGAGAGCAAGAGAGGAAUCUGGUACAAAGAAGGAAAGUGCCUGAGUUGCCGAAGUGGUCAGGAAGGGCUUCAAAUUUUUCACAGCGUCCAAUCGCGUUGGUGCUUUCUGCUUUUGCACUAUUCAAUGCCCAUCCCCUCUGCAGCCCUCUCAACCCCUCUUCGUUCACUUUCUGGGGCCUUUUACUCGGAAUCCCGCCUCCAUCACCACUGUACAUGUGCCUCCUUUUAGAGUGCUGUGAAUAAAUACUCGAAACGGUUUUUCCCUUCCUCACUCACGGAAGCCAACAUCUGUUGAGAGUGAGCGAGGGAGAGAUAGGGGCGGAAAGGCUGAUGUCGUGGCUUGGAGUUGAGAAUCGGGACCACGAGUGUGGAUUAAGUAGUGCGGUGACGGCGGGUAGGCUUUAACGGGACAGAUGGAGUAAUGGGUUGCUAUGGGUUUCAGGAAUUUUAAGGGCGAAAUUUAAGUUGUGAAAAGAGGCGAGUGUGUGGGCGGAGAGUCGAUGCAUUGGUGGAGACACGGUACAGUGGUGUGGCCUCCCUAACGGUGGAACAGAAGGCGGGCGCAGUCUGUUGGAAGAGCUGCAGCAAAUUUUUUACCCACCAUGUCCCAGCUACCUUCGCCCGCCUUGUCGAGUCUGGGUCAACAUGGGAAGGGUGAUCUUUCCAAGGGGAAGGCGAAAGCAUCAACCAAGGGUAGCAGCAAGAGCAACAGCAAACCCAAAGCAUUUUGCGAAGCUGUGACGCUGGAGCAAUUUAUUAGCCAAAUGCUGCCCCUUGUUGAUCUUGAGAAGGAAGCAGAGAUAGCGGCAUCCUUGGAUGCAUUGUCAAAUUUGAAGCCGGAAAUCGCUCAGAAGCGAGGGUCCAUAAUUCUCAAUCUUAAAUGCACUGACGUUCAGUCAGGACUGUUGGGGAAGACUUUACUGGAGUUGCAGGCAAAUAGAGGCGAUUUACUCCCUCCUCACAAGCUGACGCCUCAUGACGUAGUGAAUCUAAAACUGAAUAAAGGAGACGGCAACAGUCCAUCUCUCGGACAAGGAACCGUGUAUCGUAUUAAGGAUAAUUCAAUUGUACUUGCGGUCGAUGAUCCGCCCGAGGAGGGGUUAGACUCCCCUUUACGACUGGAGAAAUUAGCCAACGAAGUGACAUACAGGCGGCUCAAGGACACCUUGAUAGAGCUGAGCAAGGGGGUCAAAGGACCUGCUGUCGAUCUGGUUCCGGUUCUCUUCGGAGGCAAAGCUCCUUCAUUUGCGAAAAAACCGGUUACUUUUACUCCUUUUAACAAAAAUCUUGAUCAUUCCCAGAAGGCAGCUGUUUCGAAAGCAUUGGGUUCAAACAAUGUCAUGUUGUUACAUGGACCUCCUGGCACGGGCAAGACGACUGCUGUGGUUGAGCUCAUCCUUCAGGAGGUCAAGAGGAGCUCCAAGAUUCUAGCCUGCGCGGCAUCAAACAUUGCUGUUGACAACUUAGUCGAGCGGCUUGCAUGCCACAGAGUGAAGUUGGUUCGAAUGGGUCAUCCUGCACGCCUCCUGCCUCAAGUUUUAGAUUCUUCCUUGGAUGCACAGGUUAUGAGGGCAGACAAUAGUAGCCUCGCCAACGAUGUGCGUAAGGAGAUGAAGGUUUUGAACAGCAAGCUUUUGAAAGCAAAAGAUAGACGAACACGUGGAGAUAUCAGAAGGGAGCUGCGGAGUCUGGGCAAGGAAGAACGACAGAGACAACAGCAAGCAGUCGCCGAUGUUAUCAAAGACUCGACUGUAAUUCUGACAACUCUCACAGGAGCGCUCACUCGUCAACUGCGUGAUACAACUUUUGAUGUUGUUAUCAUUGAUGAAGCAGCUCAAGCUUUAGAAAUUGCCUGCUGGAUUGCAUUAUUGAAGGGCCGACGAUGCGUUUUGGCAGGUGACCAUCUUCAGCUGUCUCCAACCGUGCAAAGUGCCGAGGCUGAGAACAAAGGAUACGGCAGGACGCUCUUCGAGCGUCUGACAGCAUUAUAUGGUGAUGAUAUUACCUCUAUGUUGACAGUGCAGUAUAGAAUGCACGAGCUAAUAAUGCAGUGGUCUUCUCGUGAGCUUUACAAUGAUAAGAUUGAAGCCCAUUCCAGUGUCUCUGGACAUAGUCUCUGUGAUCUCGAAGGAGUCAAACAGACAAGCGCUACUGAACCAACCCUGAUCCUUAUCGACACAGAUGGGUGUGAUAUGGAAGAGAAGAAAGAUGAGGCUGAUAGUACUUACAACGAGGGUGAAGCCCGUGUUGCAGUAGCACAUGCAAAACUACUCAUGGAAGCAGGGGUACAAGCUUGUGAUAUUGGGAUCAUAACGCCUUAUUCAGCUCAGGUGGGAAUCCUCAAGGGUAUGCGCUCUGAUGACAAAAAGUUGGUUGAUUUAGAAAUCAGUACUGUUGAUGGUUUUCAAGGACGCGAAAAAGAGGCAAUAGUCAUUUCGAUGGUGCGGUCUAACGACACGCACGAGGUAGGAUUUCUGAGCGACAAGAGGAGAAUGAAUGUGGCUGUGACUCGUGCACGCAGGCAGUGCUGCAUUGUCUGCAACGUUGAAACAGUGGGGAAAGAUGACUUCCUGAAACGCUUGGUAGAUCAUUUUGAAGCGAAUGGUGAGUAUCUCAGUGCCAUGGAAUUUACCUGAAAUUUUGGUAUCCUGGGCUGAAAUUAGUUAUAUGGAUAAAUCUGGGCAAAUGGGCAAGAAUUAUGGAUCAGAGGGAUGGUAAAUUUGUCCGUUCACAUAUUUCAGCGUCAUAUAUUUUAGACAUAUGUCAGCGUUCAUAUUCCAAAAUACUCAGGCAUUUGAGGGAAUGAAAAAAUUUGGAAGCCGCUUAGCGGUAGUAGCAUUGAUAUCUUUACAUGGAUGACUUUCAUUAUUGAUAGCCAAUAUUAAUUGUGUUUCCAUACAAAUGGAAAGUAUUGCAUAAUUUCAUGUAUGUCAGCACAAUAUAUGCAUUUGUGCAUUUUUCAUAUUUAUCCUUGAAA